AUGGUCGCGCCAGGUGUGCCAGACCUCACGGAGGAGGUUCUCCACGAGUCGAUCGAUGCUCGGACCGAAUCGCUGGGCGCGCUGCGGGAGCUCGGUCCUCCCGAUCUCGUCCAUCUCCUGAAGCAAAGCGUGCGCAACCCAGGAAGACAGACCGGGGUCUACCAUCACGUCACCGGUGUCGACGCAUCUUCCUCGGCAAGCCUCGCGGCGUACAUCAACACCCUCACCUACAAGGACAACGGGCCCAACUCGACGGCCAAGAUCGUCGAGGGCCUCUACUGCUGCUAUAAUGCAUUCUCACGGCUGGACAUGCGCGUUCACGUGUCCAUCCCGGGAACGGUGGAGAGCUACUGCGUCGACGAACGAGGGGAGAAACGCAAGGCGUCGGAUGACCUUUGGCUUGAGACGUAUCUCUGCAGCGUCCUGAGGGCGUACUCGUACGCCGACGACGGUAGCGGCGACACGAUUCGCCGCAUCGUCGGCCGCCCGCUUCGACUUUCGGGCCGACCACACUCGCUGACCAUCGCAGGCUGGCAACUGGGAUCCGACUCCGUCGUGCAGGUGCCGACGAACGUGUCGAAUCAUCUAACGACGGGCCUGCUAAAGUACCUCGAGACGACGGGCCGGUACGCGUCCGGCAUCAAUCUGUUCGAGAAGCUCCGUACCCAGAGCAUCGAGGUUUCCUCCCUCCUGUCCAAGGUCUUGUUCAUGGGCAACGAGGAGGUGUCGGGGGUCAAGACGCUCUACAAUUCGCUUCAGGAGAUGCCCAUGGACUACGUCAUGCUCGACACACAGGCCGAGUUUCUCCUCAUGAAGGCGCAGAGCGCGGAGACGGGGGAAAUCAAGGAUGAGAGGCUCAAGAUGGCACUCGGCUGCGCCGACCGCAGCACCAUCGCGGCGCCGAGCGAGUUCGGCACGUGGGCUAGGCUGGCCCAGGUCUACCUCGCGAUGGAAGACUGGGAGAAUGCGCUGACGACGCUCAACUCGUGUCCGAUGUUCACCUACCAGGACAAGGACACGCCCCUGAUGCCGGAGCCGAAGGAGGUGUUUCUGCCGAUUUUGCCAGAGACGAGGCUGGACGAACUCGACAGCGAGCAGGACUCGAGAUUCUCCGAGCAGGUCGACUCGAGCCUGCUCGGCCUUCGGGCGGCAGCCUAUCGGGGCACCUUCAAACAGGCGUACAGCAUCCUGACGGAGAUGACCGCCAAGAUCGGAUGGGACCAGCUACUCAAGAUUCGCAGCAACGUCUUCGUCAUGGAGGACGAAUACAGAACGGAGAGGCAAGACUCGACACUCGCGCCCCCGAGACGGAGCCCCAGCCUCGACGGGUUGCGAGGGACACCAGAACCGACAACAAACGGCGACGGGCCAACGGGCGAGGGUGCGGGAAAAGCCGACGACGUUGCCGUCGAGCCGGCUUCCCGCUCCAAUGACGAGAUGAAUGGCGACGGCAAGAGCGAGGAGGGCAAGGGUGACGAGGGCAACGGCGAGGAGGGCCACGGCGAGGAGGGCCACGGCGAGGAGGGCCACGGCGAGGAGGGCCACGGCGAGGAGGGCCACGGCGAGGAGGGCCACGGUGAGGAGGGCCACGGCGAGGAGGGCCGCGGCGACGGAGGUGAUGAUGAGGACGGCAACGGUAUGAGCAAGGGCAAGGGCAACGGUAAGAACAAGGGCAACGGAAAGAGAAAUGGCAAGGGCAAGGGCAAAGGCAAAAACAAGGGCAAGGGUAACGGUAAAAGCAACGGCAACGGUAAGAGCAACGGAGUGGAGAAGCCGUCAAACAUGAUUGAUCCGCAGGAAGUCAAGGCGGAAGCCGAACAAGUGAGCACGCCACUAUCAGUCAUUCUCCCGAUCCUGUCGGUCCCUAACAGUUCGCAGAGCGCCACCAGCGACGAACACCUGUCUAAGCUCAACACGAAGCGGCUGUGCGAGAGGUGGCUGGACAGCCUGUUCAUGGUGCUCUACGAAGACUUGCGCGUCUACACGAUUUGGCGAACGCAGAUGGCGCAGUACCGGGCGCAGCAGAUGCAGUACAAGAAGUCGGCGGAGGAGUGGGAGAUUCUGGGCGCUCUGGCGGAGCGACUGCAGCACAUGGACGAGGCGGUCGAGGCGUAUCGGGCCUGCCUGUCGCUGCGCUUCAGCCCGAAGGCGCUGGCGGGUGUGCUACGGGUGUUUGAGAAGACGAAGAGCACGCGGGAGGCGGUUUCGGCGGUGAUCCGGCUCGUGACGUGGCAAUACCGCUGGUAUAGCGAGUUCAGCCCGGAGCUGCUGCACACGGUGCGGACGCUGAUCGAGGACGAGGGCGCCGUCAAGGUGAGGAGCAUCAUCCAGGCAACGAGCCUGCCGCAAAACGUGCUGGACCUGACGCACCACUACGCCGCUCUGUGCGCGACAUUUCGAAGCAGCGGAACCGACGGCUAG